CAGGGGCCCCCCCAGCAGGGGGACUGCGCCUGGAAGCUGUAAUGGAGGCCCUGCAGAGGCAGCAGGCAGCUCGGCUGGCCCAAGGGGUGGGUCCAUUGGCCCCUCCUCACCCUCCACUGCCACCAAGGCCUCCCCUGCCUGGCCCCCGGACCCUGAAGGCUCCUGAGGGGGCCUUGGGUGAGGUUGGGGCUGAGGAAGAGGAGGAUGCUGAAGAGGAUGAGGAAGAGGAGGAAGCUGGAACAGAGGAGGAGGUGGCUGAGGAGAGUUGUCCAGGGGCCCGGGGCCCCAGCUCACCUACCGCCCAGCCUCCUGGACCCCAUCCCCAUGAGUGGACCUAUGAGGAACAGUUCAAGCAGCUGUAUGAGCUUGAUGCAGACCCCAAGAGGAAGGAAUUUCUGGAUGACCUGUUUAGCUUCAUGCAGAAGAGGGGGACACCAGUGAACCGCGUGCCCAUUAUGGCGAAGCAGGUGCUGGAUCUCUAUGCGCUGUUUCGCCUGGUGACAGCUAAGGGCGGUCUGGUGGAAGUCAUCAACCGAAAGGUGUGGCGGGAAGUCACGCGCGGCCUCAGUUUGCCCACCACCAUCACCUCCGCAGCCUUCACUCUUCGCACCCAGUACAUGAAGUACCUGUACCCAUAUGAAUGCGAGACGCAGGCGCUCAGCUCCCCGGGAGAGCUUCAGGCGGCCAUAGACAGCAAUCGGCGCGAGGGCCGGCGCCAGGCUUACACCGGCGCGCCGCACUUCGGCUUGGCGGGCCCGCCCCCUCGGGCUGCUGCGGGCCCCGCCUCUGGCCCUGGCUCUGCCCGACCUGCCCUCCCGGCCGGCACCGCCCUUGUCCCUAGCUCUGCGGCAGGCCUGCCAGUACACGCGUGCGCCCAGCUGAGCCCGAGCCCUAUUAAGAAAGAGGAAAGCGGAAUUCCCACCCAUCGUCUGGCACUACCUGUGGGCCUUACCUUGGGACCUGUACGGAAGAAGAUGGCACCAGAGGAGCCUCCAGAGAAGAGAGCUGUGCUCAUGGGCCCCAUGGACCCAUCUCGACCUGGUGCACCCCCUAGUUUCCUAUCCCGUGCCAAGAUUCCCCUGAGGGAAGAGCAGCUGGAUGAGCCCCUCAAUCUGGCAGGCAGUGGCAUCAGCAGUAUCAACAUGGCACUAGAGAUCAACGGGGUGGUCUACACUGGCAUCCUCUUUGCCCGUCGCCAGCCUGUAACAGCUUCCCAGGGUCCAACCAACCCUGCACCCCCACCCUCUACAGGGCCCCCUGCCAACCCCUUGCCCUGAGAGCUCCUACUGAGAACUAAGUCAGCCCCAUUUCUAGGGGGCAGGGAGCACCUUCUCACCUGAUUCUUUCAAGAUGCCCACUCUGGGACCCAACCCUGAUUGUUACUGCACCCACCUCCCUGCUAAAGAUUUUACUUUGAUGUUUUAUCUACCUCAUUGUAAAAGGAGGGUACCUCCUCCCUGGCCAAUUCCAGCAGCAUCUACCAAAGAAUUCUUUCCCAAGCCACUCUUAUCAUCUCCUCAUAUGCCCCCUGUGUCAAUGUCAUCUAUGGCACCCUACUUUUUUGAGCCAACCCUGUUUCCCUUCAGGAGCCAGGUGGCAGGUUGGAGUGUUAUGAAGGAGAUAUCCCUUGGGUCACAUUUGGAAAAUAAAGUUGUGAUCCCUUCCUC